AUGGUUUGUGCAACACAGGAUUUAAACGCCAAUGAGCGUCAACAUCAGCAUCAGCCACAACACCAUCGUCAGCCUUUCCAGACACAUAUGGAAGAAACGUCGCAGCCUCAGCUAUUGAAAUCAAAUUCAAUGCCACUGCUGGAACCCCAAUUGACAAAAAUAGUUUUGUUAGAAAAGCCCAGUGGAAAUAUACAAGAGCAAUACACAGAAUGUUUGGGAACUCAUAAAUGUCUGCCGCCUACGAAGAGUCAACAGUUGAAGCAACAGCAUUCCGCACUGGUCAAGCUUUUAGAAUCUGAACCGAUCACAAAGAAGCUAUUAGCCAAAAGCUCAGGGACGGAGAUAGGUGCUUCUAAUCUGAUGGUUAAGGGUCAAAUAGCCCAAACGCAAAAUCGAGGGCAACUCGAAUGCACAUAUUUGAAAGAGCAAAACCAACAAAAACAGCAACACGCCAUGCAUGAUGUGCCUGCAAUUCAAUGUAAAAGACUGAAGUCAACUGGGAAAAAUCUUCCUUUGCUAGUCGAAAAUCCUACUACCCCAAACCACGAGGUUAAAACUGAUACUUCAAUUAAUUUAAAAAAGACUACAGAUCACAUUUCUGAAAUAGGAGCACAAGAUUAUAUAGAUGAUAAUGAGGAUGGAAGUAGGACGAAAAAUAAUAAUUUCACAAUUGAUAGCCUCAAAAAAAAAGUUAGGGGAACUAUAGCAAAGACAGCUGCUCUUAAUAAAAUAACGAUUACACAAGAUGAAGCGGGAGAUUUCGGCAAAAAUAGUGACUGCUAUGAACAAUACCACUGCCCUUGGAAAAAAAUUCGUUUUGCCAGAGAAUGGAAGCAACGAGAACAGCUUCAAAAAGGAAAAGAACCAGAAUCAUUUAGCGCUGAACAUCAGACGCAAACAGUAACGUCUGAAAAAUUAGGAACGAAUGAUGUGAAAACGGAAGGGGCCACCUCAAAGCUGAUAUUUGAUGAAGUAGUAGCUAGAUCUGAAUGUAUUUUGUCUGAACAUACACAAAAAGAGAUCACUGUAAUUCUCCAGCAACAGCAACAGCAACAAUUUCAGCAAAAUCGACGAGACAGUUCCGAUAGCAAUUCUUCCCUCUUAAGCAAUUCAAGCAGUCAAUCAUCCACAUGUGUUAUACCUACUUUUUGCACUUGUACUCCGCAGCAGUUGAAGCAAGAAGAAGACGAUAGUGGAAAUCCUUCAUCUUGUCAAUGUGGUGAUUCUAAUUUGCAGGACAACGAAUCGGGCUGUGACGAUGAACUGUGCGAGGUUCACUGCAGAUCACAAAAACAAACGCAAAGUGAACAAUCGACUAUGAAUGAUCUUUGUCAGAGAUUCGAUGAAAACUUAGAAACUUUCAUAAAAUUUUCCACUGAGGCUGGAACCGACAGCAGUCCAAAUGACGAAUCAAUACAUUCAUGCUUGAAAAAUAUUUCAUGUCAUGACUCUGCAUUGGGAAAGACAGCCAGUGAUACGGCCAACCCUGAUGGAUUUUUCCGACGAUCCAUUCAACAAAAAAUUCAAUAUCGUCCAUGUACAAAAAAUCAGCAAUGCAGCAUUUUACGCAUAAAUCGUAAUCGUUGUCAGUAUUGUCGGCUGAAAAAAUGUAUUGCAGUUGGAAUGAGUCGUGAUGCGGUCCGAUUCGGUCGAGUACCAAAGCGUGAGAAAGCGCGAAUAUUAGCUGCCAUGCAGCAAAGCACACAAAAUCGUGGCCAACAACGCGCUCUUGCAGGGGAGCUGGAUGAUCAACCACGACUGAUAGCUGCUGUCCUACGCGCUCAUCUGGAAACUUGCGAGUUUACAAAAGAAAAAGUUGCUGCCAUGAGACAAAGGGCGAGAGAGUGUCCCUCUUAUUCAAUGCCAACGCUACUGGCUUGCCCGCUGAAUCCCGCUCCAGAGUUGCAGUCAGAGCAAGAGUUUUCUCAGCGCUUUGCUCAUGUAAUACGUGGCGUUAUCGACUUCGCCGGUAUGAUACCAGGUUUUCAACUCCUCACCCAGGAUGAUAAAUUCACUUUGCUCAAAGCCGGUCUUUUCGAUGCACUUUUUGUGCGUUUGAUUUGCAUGUUUGAUUCUUCUAUCAAUAGUAUAAUUUGCUUGAAUGGGCAGGUAAUGCGUCGCGAUGCAAUACAGAACGGUGCUAAUGCCCGAUUUUUGGUGGAUUCAACAUUCAAUUUUGCCGAACGCAUGAAUUCUAUGAAUUUGUCAGAUGCGGAAAUCGGGCUGUUUUGUGCAAUAGUUUUGAUAACGCCCGAUCGACCUGGACUACGCAACAUUGAAUUGAUCGAAAAGAUGUAUAGCCGAUUGAAGGGUUGCUUGCAAAAAGUCAUAAGCCAGAACCGCGCUGAUCAACCAGAUUUCAUGGCAAAAUUGUUAGAUACAAUGCCUGAUUUGCGAACAUUAAGCACUCUUCAUACUGAGAAACUAGUUGUAUUUCGUACGGAACAUAAAGAACUAUUACGCCAGCAGAUGUGGACAAUGGACGAUGAACAGCCAGCGAAUGUAAAGAGUCCUAUUAUUAACUGGGACGAUCCACGUAUGGAUGCUGAGGCAAAGAGUCCUCUAGGUUCCGUGUCAAGUACCGAGUCGGCAGACUUAGAAUACACCACCUCAACAAGCACGUCAACAUCCCACCAUCACUCUAAUCAACAAGGACCACAAACAUCUGCAUUAGCUUCGUCAGCACCAUUGUUGGCCGCAUCAUUAUCAGGUUCGUGUCCAUUGCGCAACAGAGCCAACUCCGGUUCGUCUGGUGAUUCUACCGCCGAAAUGGACAUUGUCGGUUCACAUGCACAUCUAACCCAGAAUGGGUUGACUAUCACUCCAAUUGUUCGCUCGCAUUCCCACCAGCAUUUGCAUCAUCACCUAACUUCUGGUACUACAAAUAGAUACCGAAAAUUAGACUCGCCCACCGACUCAGGUAUCGAGUCGGGUAAUGAAAAGAACGAUUGCGGCAUCAAAGCAGUAAGCUCUGGCGGAAGUUCUUCAUGUUCCAGUCCGCGUUCUAGUGUUGACGACGCCCUUGACUGCACAGAAACUGCAACAGCAAGUACAAGUCAAGUUACAAUAUCUGUUUCACCCAUACGUUCGCCUCAACCUAUCAAUCCGACGUCCACCUCUUCAUUAGCUGGCCCAGCUAAUACGCCAAAUGCGCUAAAAAGACAAAUUGUGGACGAUAUGCCCGUGUUGAAACGAGUACUGCAAGCGCCUCCUCUCUACGAUACCAACUCACUAAUGGAUGAAGCGUAUAAACCACAUAAAAAAUUUCGAGCACUGCGACAUCGCGAAUUCGAAACGGCAGACGCAGAUCCUAGUUCUACAUCCAAUGGCUCUAAUAGCGUCGGUAAAACCAACACACCAAGUAUGCAAACUAAUAUUUCGGUGCAAAGCUUGCAAGCAAUCUCACCUCCAUCUGCUCAAACCCCGAGUAAUGCUCCGAAUUCGGUUGUUGUUUCUAAAGCGACUGCACCACCAGCAUCAUCCCCGCUUCCUCAUAUCCCAUCAGAAAAUGCAGGAAGUUGUCAUCAGCAAAGUCAGUUGCAUAUACAUUUAACACGUCAAGCGACUACCAAUGUUUGCAACAACGGUAAUGACAACCAAAAUAACAACGGCGCCGUUCAGACACCACAACAAUCUACGUUGUCGAGCACUCAUUCAGUGUUGGCUAAAUCUUUGAUGGCUGAACCACGAAUGACUCCCGAACAAAUUAAGAGAUCUGAUAUAAUUCAGAAUUACAUUAUGCGUGAUCCAGGAUCGUCAUCAGGAGCUCUGAUUCCGAACACGCCAACACACCCCGGUAGCCGUAGUCCAGCACCAAUGCAGCAUUUAUCACCUUUAAAUCAGAAUUCCUACCACUAUAACUCGAGCGUUUCACCAUCCUCGAGCAGUUCUCCUGCUUGUUCAAGCACUAAUUGUGCUUCGCCCUCAACCACUACAAUUGCAUUGCCCUCACCACCACCCCCAAACACAGUAGGCCCAACCGCUACAAGGUGGCACGGCCAUUCUGUUAUAACUACAACGAGUAUCAGCCAUCGCCAGCAGUCUGUUUCGCCAAGCGGCAAUGGCUCAGCAUCAUCAUCCUCAUCAAAUGGAUGCCAAUAUUUCCAAUCUCCACACUCCACCUCUACUUCAAUAUCUCCUUCGCGACCAUCGCCGUCAGCAGUUCACUCCCCUCCACGCCUACUGGAGUUACAAGUUGAUAUAGCCGACUCACAACAACCACUGAAUCUGUCGAAAAAGUCGCCAACACCGCCGCCAACUAAAUUGCAGGCAUUGGUUGCGGCUGCAACAGCAGCACAAAGAUAUUCUGCAGUAUCUGCUGAUGUCACUGUAACACCGACUAACGCCGAAGCCACUCAAAAUGUGACCAAUAGUACGCAACAACUGCAGGUCCACAAAGUCAUGCUAGAAGCGUAAGCUUAAAAUAUGAGUUAACGAAUAAGUUUAAUAACUAUGUAUGUAUGUAAGUUUUUAAUGUGAAGAAUUCAAUGAAGCGUUUUCGUGCGUACAUAAAAUAUUCGAUGAGAUUAAUGGCAGGAAAAAGUGAGUCGGAAAAUUAAAGACUCGGAUUAUACUAUGUAGUAUCAACUCUGAUACAAAUGAAUAUCCAAGUAUGUACGUAUGUAUGUAGGAGCACUAUGUAUUACAUAAAAGCGCAUGU